AUGAAUAUCUUGUAUUAAAAAUAAGCACAGGAAACAUAAGAAACAAGUUGCAAAAUUCAUAAUCUAGAAUUGAUUGCAGUUGAUUUGGAUUUAUCAGAUAAGGCACAAAUUUAAUUCUUCUGUGGUAAAUGUUUAGUUGAGAAAUUUAAUAAUAAUAAGGUGACUACUAUAGAGUAAUCCAAAGAGAGAAUCUAAUCAAUAAAGUCAUAAUAAAAAGAUAUCAAAGCUAAAAAGAAUUAAGCAAGACUCAAUUAUUAUAAAAUUAUUUUAGAACAAAUUAUGUAUUUUAAAUAAUCAAUUGAUGAUUCCUUGGAGAAGAUGCAUAAAUAAAUAUAAUAAUAUAUGUUUCCAAUUUAAAAAGAAAAAUAAGAAUUAUAAGAAUUUGAAUCAUAAUUAAAUUAUUUUGAAGAUCUAAAGUAGUUAUCUGAAUUGUAUUCUUAAGAAUAAUAGUAAUCACCGAAAUUAAUAGAAGAUAAUCAUUUUAUUAAUGAAAUAUAAAAACAAUUUGAACUCUUAUUCAAUAGUUCUGAAUACUUUUAGACUGUAUACACAUUUAAGAAUACAAAAGAAAAAAUUAAAGAUAUUAUGGAAAAUAAUGUAAUCGAAAUGGUUCUUUCAAAUAUAAACAAAAAUGAUUCUAAAACACCAAGUUUAAGUAGAAUUUGUAGUAAUCAUAAAAAGGAAAUAAUUAUGAUUGAUAUGGAUUCAUAAAAAUAAAAAAUAGAAGACAGAUUUGCUUGUGUGGAUUGCAUUUAUGAAAAUCCACAAAUUAAAUAUCAAACUAUCGAAAAUAUAGAUAAGUAAUGGAAGGAGUACAAUACUGGAACUGAAAAGAUAUUAAAAGAAUAUAAAAAGGAAAGCAAAGAAACAAAAUAAGAAUUACUCAACCAAUUAGGACAAAUGAGAAGGAAUUACAAUACAAAAUUGAAUGAAAUAAGUGAAAAAUUGAUUGCUGAGUAAUUCUUAAGCAUUGAUAAAACUAAACAAUCCAAGAAAAUAAAAAAUAUUUCAAUUAAAACAUUAGAUGAUGAAUAAUUGUAGAAGGAUUUAGAGUAAUUAAUAGAAAAGGAAAAAGAAAACUUAUCAUAAAGUCAAAUACUUAAAGACUUAAAAAAUAAAGAUUAAAUUUUCAAAAAAGACCUGUAAUAUUAUUUAGAAUGUUUGCAAUAAUAUGAUUAAUAAGAUAUUUAAUAAUCAUUGGAAAUAUUGAAAGAAGUUUCAAUUGAAAAAGAUUUAAGUAUUUAAUUAACUGAUAUGAUUAAAGAUAUUUAAAAAUAUGCAUAAAAGGAUGAAAACUACAAAAAUCAAAUUAAUUUUAUCAAAGAAAUUUAAGAAUUGAUUGAUUAAGCAAAAAAAUAUCAAUGCCAAUUAAAUAUAUUUGAUUAAAUGAUUCUGGUUUAUUAACAGUAAGUCUAGAAGAUUGAAUCCAUUCAAUAAAGUACAUCAAUUAAAUCAUAAGAUUAAGCAGUGAAAUCAGAAUAAUAAAUAUCUUAAUAUUAAAAAUUAUAAAAUAUAUUGAAUGAAUAUGUGAAUACUUUGGAAAUAAUAGUAUAUAAUUGA